AUGGCCAGCGCGGGCCUCCUCCAAACCAGUUUGAUCUGGGUCGCCUAUGCCGUCGCCGUCGUACUCUGCCUUCUGGCAGCCAUCAUCACCACAUUCACAUGGCAGGCACCUCGGGAGCGAUCUGCCAUAGUCAGUGUCGUUGCGAUCGUCAGUCUGACAGCUCUCUUGGCAACCGUCCUGCUCCUUCCUGUCGACAUCGCCCUCAUAUCAUCAACGACUCAUGCGUCGCUCGGAAUCAAGAAGGACUGGGCAACAGAAGAACGGGUUCACGAUAUCUUGCAGACCCUGCGAAUCGUCUACUACUCCCUGUACAGUUUCGACGCUCUUCUGUGCCUCAUCAUCAUUCCGUUCGCCUACUUUUGGUACGAAGAAUAUGACGAGAUCGAAGUCGAGGAGGGUCGGUCGUUCGGCAGCCGCUUUUUCAGCGCCUUCAAGUACACUUUGGUCUUCGUUGUUCUUGUCGUGAUACUCUUCCUCAUCGGCUUCUUUGUUCCAGCUGCCGGUAACGACUCGGACGCCAACUGGGACCUGGACUACUUCAAGCGAAUCCUCAUCCAAAACAAUGGACAGAAGGCACUGGCCUUCGCCCUCGGCCUUCUCGUCACUCUGGGCACGUUGCUCUAUAUUGUCUACACUGCGGCCGGUCUCGCCCUUCUGCCGAUGUCUUUCAUCAAGUCUGCCCCCUCGAUCUCAGCGCCGCAGCUUACGGAGAACACGGCUUCCGCACUGGAGCAGAAUCGCGAGCGUCAGCGCCAGUUGGAGAUGCGCAACGCUGGCCGACCUGAAGGCAUGUCUUCCAAGGACAGGAGGGAGCUUGAAGCCCUCAUUCGCGAGGAGAGAACCCUGACACGCCGGGAAAGGCUUGCGGCCGAGGCGUCCGGCGAGGGCCACAGCACUAUUUACAAGGUCUGGCUCAAGAUCUGCGCUGUCUUCAGGCCUAUCAAACUGCUUGGUGGCGUCCUGAUUCUUCUAUUGUCCAUCAUUAUCUGGGUCUCGAUGUUGAUUACGGGUAUUGACAAGGCCAAGAACUCUCUCUGCAAGGAACGCUGUGGUUAUAUCCUUGGCCACAUCAACAUCUUCCAGCCCAUCAACUGGAUCUUCUUGCAGUCCGCCAAGGCUUUCCCGGUCGACUACAUCCUCAUGGCCCUCCUUGUUCUCUUGUUCUUCAGCAGUUCAAUCACGGGCAUCGCCACGGUGGGCAUUCGCUUCCUCUGGAUUCGUAUUUUCCAGAUCCGCAAGGGAAGGACCGCGCCCCAAGCUUUGUUGAUCGCUACGGUCAUGCUAGCCCUCAUCAUUCUGGCCAUCAACUACGCCAUCGCCAACAUGGUGGCACCUCAAUACUCGAUCUACGGCACCCAGACUUACUGCACUGCCCCCCAUCAUGCAGGCGAGACGCCUGAUUGCAGCGACAGGCCGGACUAUCUGAUCCAGUGCUCCGAGCGUUUGGAUAAGGAGGCUCUGAAGGUCUGCACGCCUUCUAUCAUGGCAGAGUUCCUCAACCGCAUCACCAUCACGUGGCCCUUCUUCGGUGCGCUGGACUUCUGGGCGCAGUUCGCUUUCCUUGGCGUAUUCCUCAUCGUCUUCGUGACAGGUCUGUUCAGGGCCCCUAAGCUGAACAUGUCAGAGAUCGACGAGGAUGCUGAGGCGGACGAAGAGGAGGGUCUGCUGGCCAGCACUGGUCGCCGGUUCGGCGCUACGUGGCAGGAUAUUACGGGACGCUCCAAGUCGAAGAAGACCUAUGGUACGGGAGAGAGUAACAACGGUGGAGGUUCUGCGCAAGCCUAG